AUGGAAUCUAAACCAGCAGAUUUAAAUAUCACUAGCAGUUUUGUAGAGUCAUGCAAGAAUCUAUUUUAAUCGAAAACCUUCCUAAUUGUUGCAGGUACGGCCCUAACAACUAUUGCUCUCUUUGGAAUUUACUAAAAAUUAAAUUAAAAAGAUAUACCCUUGGAAUAAAAGUCAAGGAUAUUUAUUUAAAGAGAAUUGCAAAGACUUAAAAACCCAAAAUUAAUUGAAGAUGGAAUCCUUUAAAAAAAUGAUUUCUUUGACAUUAUAUUGUUGAUACAACUUAAAAGUAAAUUAAAACUCCUAAAAGAGCAACCUAAAUUCUAAAGGGAAAGAAUUAAGGUUCUUAAAUAAGCAUUGAGGACUAAUGUCUUUGUUGAUUAUUUCAACAAAACAAAGGAAUUUAUGGAUUAAGAAGUAAACAAUUAUGAGGUAUAGUAUGAGAAAAUUUUAGAUGGAAUAGGAAUCACCCACGAAUGUUGGGAAUAAUCAAAAUAUGUUUACAUUUAAAGAGAUGGCUUUUUUAGAGGAGAUGAUGGCGAGUUGCAUAGCAUUAAGCAGGUAGAGAAAAAGAGUUAUGAAUAUCUUCCCACAUAUAACCUAGGAAGCAGUCUCACCAAAGAACGAGUCAAAAUGAUACUAAUUGAAGCAAACAAGUGUGCCAAUGAUAUUAUCUAAAACCACUUGACAAAUUGGAUAUCGGAGGAGGACAAUGAGUAUGUGGCUUUGAUUUUUGAAGCUCUGGCAUAUGAUUUUGUAUUUAUAGAUCAAGGAAUUCAGGAAAAUAUAUUCAGAUAUGCCACUCAUAUAUAUGAAUUGCAGAGUGAUCCUGAAAUCACUGAAAACCUUCAGGGCUUUCUUUCUAGUUGA